AUGAGCUCCAACUCAGAUGCCGAUAACAGUGAGCCCGGGGAUCGGGCUCCUUUGAAUGCUGGCUUCCCAGCCACCCUGGGCACCCCAUGGUGGCGCGGAGAUAUUCGAGUCCCCCACACCCGCCAGACUUCCUUUGGCUUCGUGGAAGAGCCGGGCCGUGAGAGGCCUGAUUUAGAAGGAUCCGUCAGCCACAGCAACCGAACCUCCCCCGAAUCGAAACAGCUCUCCAUUGGCGGUAAAAACGACGAAGAGAUCGACGUCUUGCUUUGUGCGGAUUGCCGCUUCCCCCUCGCGUCGGUGGAUGAGAUUUUGCACGAAUACGCGGAGAAGGCGUGGCGGAAGCACGUCUUUGCGUAUGAGCUGGAUCUUUUUGGAAAUGACCGACCCAUCUGGACGUACUCCGCGACGAACCCAAACGCGAACCGCUUUGACGUUGUGCGGGUGCAGCCGGAGGUGACGAUUCGGGAGCUCGCGCGCGAGGAUUUGGAAAAGGCGUGCGCGCAGGGAUCGGGGAUUUCGAUGCCCCCCCCGCUCACCGACCCCGAGGAGGAACUUCGUGGGUUGCGCAAGGUCUCCACGUUUGAUUUUUACGGCCCUUACAGCGCCGAGCACUCUUUUUUCACCGGCUACGAGUGGUGCUUUUGUAAUUGCUUAAACUGCUUGAAUUUCGUCGGCUGGGGCUUCAUCUCGCACGAGAAGAUCGAGGCGCAUCGCCGGCAGACCUCCGCGCGGCAGCCCCCGUCUUCUCAGCAGCCUGAUGCGGAGAUGACGGCGUUGAGGGUGCCCCGGGCGACGCUGCUCGGAGGGCGAAGGGAGUUAACGCCGUACGGCCGCCCCCCUGCGGAGCGGCUGCCGCCGGAUUUCGUCGGCCUCGUCGUAACGCGAUGUACGGGGUGCAGCGAUUGCAGCCGAGUGUUGUUUCAGGGGAUGGUGCAGCGCGCGGAUGCGUUGAAAAGGCGUCUGCAGAGGCCCCGCGUCGACGAGGCGCGGCCGCCACCUCGGCAAAUCAACGCCGUUGCGAUUGACAAUCGGACCAUGGAGGAUGUGCUGCGUGAUAUCACGUCAUUGCCGUUUGUUCCACAAACGGUUUUGGAUACUUGGGAUAACAAUUCGCAUGCUAGUGAAACUAGCUCAGAUUUUGGAUUCGGCAGUUCACAAAUAAGUUGA